ACCCCCUCCGCCGGAGGGGAACCGGCUGCCGCGGCUGCUGGGGCCGGCGGCGUCGGUAGUCGUCAUGGAGUACCCGUGGGAUGAUCUGACUCUGGCCUUUUCCCGCACGUCCAUGUUUCCCUUUUUUGAUAUCGCCCACUACCUGGUGUCGGUGAUGGCGCUGAAGCAGCGGCCAGGAGCAGUGGCGGCGGCCUGGAAUAACCCCCUGGCUAGCUGGCUGAGUGCCAUGCUCCAUUGCUUUGGUGGAGGAAUUUUAUCCUGUAUGCUGCUUGCAGAGUCUCCAUUGAAGUUUCUUACAAACCACACUAAUAUUUUACUGGCAUCUUCAAUCUGGUAUAUUGUAUUCUUUUGCCCUCGUGACCUAGUUUCCCAGGGUUAUUCAUAUCAACCUAUUCAGUUCCUGGCUGCGGGAAUGAAGGAAGUGACCCGGACGUGGAAAAUAGUAGGCGGAGUCUCGGAUGCUAAUAGCUAUUACAGAAAUGCCUGGAUAGUCAUGAUAGUUGUUGGAUGGGCCCGAGGUGCAGGUGGUGCUGUCGUCACAGCUUGUGAACAGUUGUUAAAAGGAGACUGGAAACCAGAAGGUGAUGAAUGGCUGAAGAUGUCCUUCCCUUGCAAGAUAACCCUGCUGGGGUCAAUUAUGUUCACCUUCCAGCACACCAGGCACCUGGCGAUCUCAAAGCAUGAUCUCAUGUUCCUUUACACUAUCUUCCUCGUGACCAUAAAGGUAACCAUGAUGAUGACAAAGGAUACUGCUGUGACUCUCACUCCCUUUGAGGACACCCUGACUCGGAUGCUUUUUGGCCGGCGGCAGCAGCAGCAGUUUUCAUCGAGUGAAAAGAAAACUGAAGUCAAACCGUCUUCCAAUGGUUCUGCCUCAAGUGCAUCGAAGCGGGGAGCAGAGCCUUCGGGUGGUGCUAAGAGACACGCCAAGAAAGAAGACUGAGGGUCGCCCUGGGCGUCGGAGGCAGGAGGAGGAGUUACUUCUCUCAGAGUGUGCCCGUGGUUCUGUGAAUGAUGUGAGAGAGCGCUUAUGUGUAAGGGUGGAGGAGACAAAAGAGGAAGUGCUUUGGUUCAGGGACACCGCUCGCUCUGCUGGUCGUAGCUCUUGGGGUCACGAGUGUAUCAUGUGAAUUUAUUUUUCUGGUGUAAGAGAUUCUCAUAAUUAUUUGGAUAGUUUUAUAUUGAUAAAAGAAUAAUUUUUUAAAUGUUACAAAAAGUUCACUUGUUACUGCAAAAUUCUAAGAAUUUAACAAAAAAUUCAGUAUUUUUUUUUACCUUUUGAAUGACUAUAAUUGUGUUUUAAUUCUGCAGAAUUAAACUUUUACUUCAUAUUUCCAGUAUAAUUCCUGUAUAUAGAAGACGAUUCCUAUUUAAUUUUGAACAUGGAGAACUUUUCCUAAAUACUUUUUAACCUAAAAUAAACUAAUAGUGUACAUUUGGUGUAUACAGUUAUUUAUUUUAUAUAUCUUGCACACAUUAAAAAUACCUGAAAUUGUCUACAGCCAUACCACCCUGAACACGCCCGAUCUUGUCUGAUCUCUGGAGCUAAGCAGGGUCGGGCCUGGUUAGUACUUGGAUGGGAGACCGCCUGGGAAUACCGGGUGCUGUAGGCUUGAAAAAAAAAACCUGAAAUUUAUUUUAGUUUCAAGUAUUAUUUUUCAUUAUUUUUAAUAUGAGUCUCAGUUUGAAGUUUAUUUCUUGCCCUUGUUUUAAAAACUACUUUUUCCUUAGAAAAGCAGGGUUACAAUUUGUGUGUAUUGUUUUCUUUUUGCAACAGGAGUCUCACUCUGUAGCCCAGGCUGGCCACAGACCUUCUACCUCAGCUUCCAAAGUGCUGGGAUUAUGGGUCCGGGCCACCGUGCCAGGCUAGCGGUGUAGUUUUUAUUGUUAAUAAUCCUGUGGUUGGAACCUGGGCUGUUUUGUGUCACCAGCUGGAGAGAGAUAGUCUUCACAUGUUGUAUGUUUCUCCUGACUCAGUUGGUCUGAACAGGCUGGUGGCAUGUCUCUGUGACUGAACAAAAAGUACUGUCAUGGCUGAAACGGUGUCCUGCACCUCUUCCGGCGAUCAUUGCUUCACGAGUUUAUUUGACUGUCUCUUCUUGCAAGUUUGCAUUUGGUAUCUCUGCUCAAUAGAUAUGUGCGUGUAUUUCUAGUUUUAUCUGAAAUGAAAGUUGUUUUCCUGUGAAAAUGCUCAGCUCUCCUGAGGACUGUCUUCCCACAUUUGAUGUAAACCACAGAACCUAACCUUAUGUGGCAGACUACUUGACUGAGACAAUACAACAUUAAACCUGCUGUCUCGUGGACAAAGUAAAAAGCAAGCAAGCAAACAUACUAAGUGAUAGAUUCUAUUUGCUCGAUUUGGUGCAUAACUGCCAUGUUACAACAUUACAGUUCUGUAGGAUGACUUUCAUCCUAAGGACGUGGGCCUGCCGUCUGUGUUAGGCAUUUUUGGUUGGUUAAGAAGCACUUAAGUGAUAUUCAAUAUAUAAAGUUUUCCUUUUUUGUUUUUUUUUUUUGUGUUUGUUUUGUUUUUCAGAACAGGGUUUUUCUAUAUAAUAGCACUGACGGUUCCUUUUUUAAUUUUUAGCAAACUUGCACACUUGCAGAUACUUUACUUGAUUAAGAAAAAGAUUUUGAGUGGCACUUUUGAUAACCUACGUACGAGAAAAAUGCUUAUUUUUGAUAUUGUGACAAAAAAGCACUAAAUUGCAUUUUCUAUUAUAUAUUUGACAAUCUGUAGUUAAAAACUUUGCAAAAUUAAUAUGUUAUUGACCAGUUCUGGUUUUAACUGUAGUUAAAAUGGUAAGAAUCUUGUUUUUCAUUUGUAUUAAAAACAAAUUCAUUAAAAUAAGUAUUUUAGU